AUGACUACAACGCCUGGUAUUCCUACAACUAAGAAAGAAGUUACAACAACGCCUGGUAUUCCUACAACUAAGAAAGAAAUUACUGCAACGCCUGGUAUUCCUACAACUAAGAAAGAAAUGACAACAACGCCUGGUAUUCCUACAACUAAGAAAGAAAUGACAACAACGCCUGGUAUUCCUACAACUGAGAAAGGUAUAUGACUACAACGCCUGGUAUUCCUACAACUAAGAAAGAAGUUACAACAACGCCUGGUAUUCCUACAACUAAGAAAGAAAUUACUGCAACGCCUGGUAUUCCUACAACUAAGAAAGAAAUGACAACAACGCCUGGUAUUCCUACAACUAAGAAAGAAAUGACAACAACGCCUGGUAUUCCUACAACUGAGAAAGAAAUGACAACAACGCCUGGUAUUCCAACAACUAAGAAAGAAAUUACAACAACGCCUGGUAUUCCUACAACUAAGAAAGAAAUGACUACGACGCCUGGUAUUCCUACAACUGGUAAGUGCAACGCACAUUUAAAAUUAAAUAUCUUCAUAUUUUAGUAUUUCGAAAAUCGAAUUAUAUAUUGGUAAUUUCGUUUGAAUUCAUGAUUUGUAAUGAUUCGUUCGGUAAUUUGCACUAUAUUAGAGAGUACAAACACUCCGAAAUCUGAAUGGUAGACGCAGGGCCGUUGUUAUAGGGGGGGGGGUGACACCCCUGAAAACGUCUUGUCGGCAAAAUAAUAGAUUUAUCGGCAGAUUUGUGUUUCGUAGUCAGCGAAAAUAUUUGAGUGGCUCUGACUAAAAAGUAAUAGUUAUAGAAAAUAAUUUGAUAAAUGUUACCAAAAAAUACCAAAUUACGGUACUGGAAGAUUUUUUACCUCCUCCGCCCCCCGCUCGCCAACAACUUUGGGAAAAGAAAUAUUAAUUAGCGACUGAAAUGUUGUCGGCAGAUGCGAUACUACCCCCCCCCUCAACCUCAGCCUCUCUACUACGGUCCUGGGCAGACUGUAUCCACGAAGGAUUACUCGAAAGGCGAGUCGUCUGCCAUGCAGGGAAUGCUGGGAUAAGUAAAAAUCUAUCUUCUUAAUGAUCCAUUUCAUUUCUUCAAAUCUAUUUAGUUCUGCCCCAAGAUAAUAAAUGCUCUGCAUACACAUGGCUGAAUGAAAGCAGCAGAAACCAGAAAUAUUCACAACCCGAACUCAAUUGUGACGGCGGUCUUUCAGGAUGGUACAGAUUUGGAGGUGGAGCUGGGAUUAAAAUGUCAUCAUCGUGUGUACCUUAG